AUGGGUAACAGCCCUUCGACUUCGAAGCCGGCCACCCCCACUCAGCGUUCCCACGUCGAGCAUGCCGAGCGAGUGGACCGUCCCUCUGGCCACGACUCUCCACGAGCGUCCAAGAAGCAGGAACCCAAGAAUCUGAUCUCUGCUGCUCAAAACCACCAGCAUCGCUCAUCCGCAUCCUCUGCCGAAGCAAGUGUUGUCUCGGCCCAAGGCUCAACCAUCGGCCCGAGAGCUACUGGCACUACAAGACCGUUGUCGAUACUAGGCGCUUCAUCAAAUUCACCAAGCUCUCGGUCAUCUGUUCCGAGAUCGAAAUAUACGGACGACCAAGAUGCUGAGCCAAGCAAGCCGGUGGAUGUACCUACGACCCACAGCUCUCAACACAAUACAGCCGAGUCGUCCAUAAGGUCACCUUCGCAGUUUGGAGACGAUCCCUUGCUGACCAACAAUCCCGCUUCUGCAAGUGUCACAGACAUGUCGUACAACUUACCGCGGCCGCCCAGGCUGCCCCUGCCUAUCGAGGAAGAGAUUCACACGCCCGGGUCGCCAGUAAUUGCGCCCGCAGAUAUAGGGCCCUCCAUCGAAACGCUUGAAAGCAAUUUAGAUCGGGAAUUGGAGUCAACCGGCGCCGAUCUCACUAGAAAAUCGUCAGGUCUAAGCCAAGGCACUGAUGACGAUGAUGAUGAAGAACUAAGAGUAGACAAGACGAGAACAGUGCAGACAAGAGUCGAAUGGUUACAAGGCGGCCAGAAGGUCUAUGUUACAGGCACGCCAUUUCAAUGGAGUCGAAAGCAAAGACUACACCCUGCCAAAGGUCGAGAAGGUGUUCUUGAAGCAGUCAUACCUGUAUAUCCUGGAACACAUCACAUCAAAUUUCUGGUGGACGGCCGCAUGGAGACCUCGAUGCACUUGCCAACAACUGUCGAUUUUGGCAAUAACCUGGUGAACUAUAUCGAAGUGAGCGGAGAAGAAACCCCAGCGCGCAAUCUCACAUUGGGCGCAACACCACCCAAGUCGGCAACCGAGGCCCAAGCCUUGCCCUCGAGGCAACCCUCGGGUACAGAUCUAGAGGCUACAGCAAAACAGCCUCAGACAAAGGCCGUCCCGCCGCCCGAGAGGUUCAGUGGAGUGAUCCCCCAGUAUCUGGCCGAUUUUGAUCAACCAGAAGAUUCGAGGGCUUAUCAAUUGUCCGUGGGUGCUCUGGACAAGCUGCCAACUCCGCCAGCGCUUCCAGGCUUCUUGAGCAAGCCCAUCAUGAACGCCAAUGCUCUCAUCAAGGACGACAAUAGCGUCCUGAAUAUGCCGAACCAUACCAUAUUGAACCAUCUUGCUACAAGUAGCAUUAAGAACAACGUGCUAGCUGUAUCAGCGACCACGAGAUACAGAAAUAAAGUGAGUCUUCUUUGCAAUAAUUAUAGACGACAGUUGAUAGCCGGUCCAAGGGCCAAGAUGGCAGACAAGGAUGAUCCAUAG